CUCGAAAGUUGACCUAAUUUUGAAAUUUCCUUAUAAUACUUAACUAGUUUUUGUUCUACACUAAUCUUCUUUUGUUACAAUUGAAGUUGGAAUUUAACGAGGAGGUCAUUGCAUCAUUUUGGUUAUUUGUCGUUGCCUUAUCUUAAUCUAAGGGACUAAUUUUACCAGCCUAAAAAAGCGCAUCUAUUGAAUAAUUUCCAAAAGUUCAAUAAAUUAAUCUCAUCCCAUUACCAACAACAAUAGUAACAAUAUUAAUUAAAAAAGUAUGAAGUUUGGUGAACAUUUGAGAAAAUCUCUUAUUAAGAACUAUAGUUUCUACUAUAUUGCAUAUGAUGAUUUAAAACAUCAAUUAAAGAAAGGCUUAAAAGAUAAUGAUUAUGACUGGUCAAAUGAAUUAGAAGAAGACUUUCUUAAUUCCUUAGAAGUUGAAUUAGAUAAAGUCUAUUCAUUCACUAAAGUUAAAAACACUGAAGUUAAUCGUAGAAUUAAAGAAUCUGAAAAAUAUGUUUAUGAAGUUGUUGAUGCUAUUCAUAAAUAUCAAGAAAAUCCAAAUUCUGUUAAGAAUCCACCUCAGGAACAUGACUUUGAAGAAUUAGAAGAAGAAUUAUCUGAUAUUAUUGCCGAUGUUCAUGAUUUAGCUAAAUUCACUAGAUUGAAUUAUACUGGAUUUCAAAAAAUUAUUAAAAAGCAUGAUAAAAUCACUAGAUCUAAUUUAAAACCAAUAUUCCAAGCUAGAUUGAAUGCUAAAGCUUUCUAUAAGGAUAAUUAUGAUAACUUAAUUGUUAAAUUAUCUAAAUUAUAUGAUUUAGUGAGAACCAGAGGUAAUCCAGUUCAAGGUGAUUCUUCUGCUGGUGGUUCUCAACAAAAUUUCGUUAGACAAACCACUAAAUAUUGGGUUCAUCCUGAUAAUAUUACUGAAUUAAAAUUAAUCAUUUUAAAACAUUUACCAGUGUUGGUUUUCAAUGCUGAUAAAGAAUUUGAACCUGAAGAUUCAGCUAUUACUUCUAUUUAUUUCGAUAACAAGGAUAUGGAUCUUUAUUAUGGUAGAUUAAGAAAGGAUGAAGGUGCUGAAGCUAUUAGAUUAAGAUGGUACGGUGGUAUGAAAUCAGAACAAAUCUUCGUUGAAAGAAAAACUCACAGAGAAGAUUGGACUGGUGAAAAAUCCGUCAAGGCAAGAUUUGGUUUAAAAGAAAAGAAAGUUAAUGCAUUUUUAAGUGGUGAAUUCACUGCUGAACAAGCUUUUGAAAAGGCCAGAAGGGAAGGUAAAAAGUCUCCUCAAGAAAUUGACAAUUUAGAAAGAUUAGCUAAAGAAGUUCAAUAUCGUGUCUUGAAAGAAAAGUAUAGACCAGUUAUGAGAUCUUUCUAUAAUAGAACUGCUUUCCAAUUGCCAGGUGAUGCUAGAGUUCGUAUCUCUUUGGAUACUGAAUUAACCAUGGUUCGUGAAGAUAAUUUCGAUGGUUAUGAUAGAACUCAUGGUAAUUGGAGAAGAAUGGAUAUUGGUGUAGAUUAUCCAUUUCCUCAAUUAGCCGAAAAGGAUGUUUGUAGAUUCCCAUAUGCGGUUUUAGAAGUUAAAUUACAAACACAAUUAGGUCAAGAACCUCCAGUUUGGGUUAGAGAUUUAGUUACCAGUCAUUUGGUUGAAGCUGUUCCUAAAUUCUCUAAAUUUAUUCAUGGUGGUGCUACUUUAUUAACAGAUUACGUUGAUUUAUUACCUUUCUGGCACACUCAAAUGGAUGUUGAUAUCAGAAAGCCAAAGAUUCAACAAGAAUAUGGUAUUCAAAGAACUACUCAACAUCGUAUUUUAGGUACAUCCUCUUCAGGUGGUGAAUUUGAUGAAGAAGAAUUGACUGGAUCUUCGUACACUGGAGUUCAUUUCUCUAAUGAUAUCAAUCCUUUAGAAGAAGAUUUAGAUGAAUCAACACCUUUAUUGUUGCCAAAUACUUAUUCAGAAAGAACAGGUGAUUCUCCAAUAAUAACUUUCUUCUAUCAUUUAUAUGGACAGUUCUUACAUUAUUUUAACGAUGACAGAACUUUCACAGUUAAACCAGGUACUAAUUUUGAUUUGAAUGCUACCUUCAAAGAUAAAUUGCCAAAAGGUAAGACGAUUUGUCUUCCAAUUAGAAUUGAACCAAAGGUUUAUUUUGCCAAUGAAAGAACUUUCUUAAGUUGGUUAUCUAUUGGUAUGAUUUUAGGUGCUACAGCUACUGCAUUAUUGAAUUAUGGAAGUAAUUCUGCUUUGACUGCAUCAAUUGGUUUCUUUAUUACAGCAUUGUUUACUUUGACUUACUCCACGUAUAGAUAUCUUUGGAGAGUUAUUAUGAUUAGAGAAAAGAAUGCUGUUCAAUAUGGUGAUAAAUUCGGUCCAAAUAUGAUUUGUGGAUUUAUCUUUUUGGCUACUUUUACUACCUUCGUAUUUAGAGUCAUUGAAAAUUGAAAUGAUCCCUUAUUGAAUCUAUCCACCUGUACAUUAUCUUUUAAAAUUAUUAAAACACUACAACUACAUAUUACGUAUUACAUCUAGUUAUUU